AUGAAGGUCUUCGCCGUCGUCACCAUUCUCGCCGUCGCUUGCCCUACCGGACUCUACUCCAACCCCCAAUGCUGCGCCGCCGAUGUCCUCGGCGUUGCUGACCUCGACUGCGACGUCCCAUCGAGCACUCCCAAGGACGGCGCUGAUUUCGAGGCCAUCUGUGCCGCGGAUGGUGGCAGGACGCCCAAGUGCUGUGUUCUCCCUAUUCUCGGCCAAGGUGUCCUUUGCCAGGAUGCCAUUGGCACCGAUUAA